GAGAGAAGAAGACUCGGUUUUUUUAUUUUCAUGUAAUGUAAGGAAGUGAUGGCAUGGAAGACGUAAGCAAAAGCCAACAAUGAAGCGUGACAACAUCGCAAGCGUCACCUAAACGACUUCAGCUGCUAACGAACGAACGGGUAAACCCACUUCCUGCUUAACAAACCGACAGCUCUCAUCUCCUCUUUAUCUCUCUCUCUCUACUUUCUCUCUCUAAAAUUCUCUGCAAAAAAACAGGAGACGAAACUUCCUUGUUGACACAUGGGUUGCGUGGAUGUGUAGUGUCCACACUUGGGUUUCAAUUCAUUCACUGAAUUGAGUCGCUGAUCUUUGAAUUGAUUGAUGAUUUUGGAUCUGUGAAAAAGUUGUUGAUGCUUGUGUUUUCUGUGAAAUUGUUCUGAUUUUGAUUGGUUUCUGGGUUAAAUUCAACUGGCUUUUAAUGGGUUUUGUGUGCUGAGCUUGACUUUGGUGUUAAUUCAAGUAAGAUCUGAUUGUUUUGGGAGAGAAGAUGAGUUCAUUGUGAUCUGUUUUUGAUUGUUUGAGUAUGUGGUUUUAUACCUUUCUUUGCUGAUUAGAUGGUUUUUGAGUAUGUUACAAAGAGGGUUUAUGGCUUUGAUUCAUAGUUCUGAUUUAUGCAAUAUAGGAAUUGAAAGAACUUGCACUUUGGAGCUGUGUUCUGUGACAAUUUACUGAAGUGGUCUUCAUUUUUCACUUCAUUUCAUGUUUUUUAUUGUGUGAUUAGGCCAAUUUCAUAUGUCCAUUUAGAGUUGAGAAGCUUAAUCCUCCAUAUGAAAAUUAUCUUGAGCUAUCAUUUUGUACAUGGGUUUUUGCCAUAAGCAAUUGCUAGAACCAGAACUUCAUCAUUCAUACAUUACAUAAUAAGCUUUGUAUGCUUUGAUUCUAUAGACAAUACUCAUCUUUUGUUUAUUGCAUACUUGAACCUUUUUUCAGUUCUAAUUUGUCCUUGUGGUUUUGAUUGACCUAUAAUCUAUAUUGGGGUUAUGUCCUAAGGUUGACUAAUGGCAAAUUCUUCCGAACCCUCUUCGUCUAUAAGCUUUACUUCAUCUUCCCAUAUAUCAAAUGGCUCCAUUACCUACAAUAUACCAACCUGCUCUGGUUCUGAGACAGGGUCUAGUCUCGAAAUCAUUAGUUUAAGCAAGCUCAGCUGUAACUUAGAAAAGCUCUUGGUUGAUACUGGCUGUGAUGACUACAGUGAUGCGAAUAUUGAAGUUGAGGGAGUCUUGGUUGGUGUUCACCGGUGUAUAUUGGCAGCUAGGAGUAAAUUUUUCCAUGAGCUUUUCAAGAAAGAAAAGGGGUCCUUAGAGAAGGAUGGUAAACCAAAGUAUUGCAUGAGUGAUUUGUUGCCUUAUGGUAAGGUUGGACACGAGGCCUUCCUUAUCUUCUUAAGCUAUUUGUAUACGGGAAAGCUGAAGUCUUCACCCAACGACGUCUCAACGUGUGUGGAUAAUGUAUGCAUCCAUGAUUCUUGCAGACCUGCUAUUAAUUUCUCCGUGGAAUUGAUGUAUGCAUCAUCCAUUUUUCAGGUUCCAGAGCUGGUUUCACUAUUUCAGCGGCGUCUUUUUAACUUUGUUGACAAGGCUCUUGUGGAAGAUGUCAUUCCAAUCCUUUUGGUUGCCUUCCAUUGUCAAUCAAGCCAGCUUCUCACUCAAUGUGUCAAUAGAGUUGCACGAUCCGAUCUUGAUAGCAUUUGCCUUGAGAAAGAGGUCCCCUAUGAAGUUGCUGAGAACAUUAAAUUGCUCCGCCACAAGUCCCAAGCAGAUGAUGAAAAUGAGACAGUAGCUGUGGAUCCCUUACGUGAAAAGAGAAUUAGGAGAAUACACAAAGCGUUGGACUCGGACGAUGUUGAACUCGUGAGUCUUCUCUUAACUGAAUCUGAUAUUACUUUGGAUGAAGCCAAUGCUCUCCAUUAUGCCGUUGCCUAUUGUGACCCAAAGGUUGUGUCUGAGGUGCUUGGUCUGGGUCAGGCUAAUGUCAACCUUCAGAAUGCUCGGGGUUAUACAGUGCUCCACAUUGCUGCAAUGCGUAAGGAGCCUUCAAUAAUAGUUUCGCUUCUGACUAAAGGAGCUAGUGCAUCAGAUAUGACAUCAGAUGGUCAGACUGCUGUUAGUAUUUGCCGAAGAUUGACAAGGCCAAAGGAUUAUCAUGCAAAAACACAACAGGGGCAGGAAGCAAACAAAGACCGAAUAUGCAUUGAUGUUUUGGAGAGAGAGAUGCGGAGGAAUCCAAUGGUCAGAGAUGCAUCAAUCUCUUCCCCAACAAUUGCAGAUGAUCUGCACAUGAAGCUGCUGUACCUUGAAAAUAGAGUUGCUUUUGCACGACUAUUCUUCCCUACUGAAGCCAAAUUAGUCAUGGAUAUUGCACAUGCUGAAAAAACAUCUGGAUAUGCCGGUCUGUUAGCGUCGAGAGGUUCAAGUGGGAACUUGAGGGAGGUUGAUUUGAAUGAGACACCCAUAAUGCAGAACAAAAGACUCCAUUCAAGGAUGGAAGCCCUUUCCAGAACAGUGGAGUUGGGUAGACACUAUUUUCCCCAUUGCUCACAAGUGCUGGAUAAGUUCAUGGAGGAUGACCUACCUGAUUUGUUCUACCUUGAGACGGGCACUCUGGAGGAACAGAAUUUCAAGAGGACGCGCUUCAUGGAGCUUAAAGAGGAUGUUCAAAAAGCAUUUACCAAAGACAAGGCUGUGCUCCACCGAAAUAUGUCGUCCUCAUCUUCGCCUAGAGAUGGUGUAAGUCACAAAGUUAGGAAAUUGUGAGAAUAUGUUAAAUAUUACUGAAUGAGUUUGACUAGAUAUACACAGUUUUGAUGAAAAGUUGAUUGUUCGAGCCUCAGUAAACGGCAAUGCUUGUUGCUUGUGUAAAAUCUUUGCAAGGAGCAAACUUGCUCCAUAAUCUCUCCCUUGUGCAAUCAGCUUCCAAAGCCUUACAAUUUCCAAAAUUUAUGGGAAAAAGGGUGAUUGACAGAAAGAUUUGAGAAACUUAGAUUAAAUGAAGUAAGAAAUUAGAGUUCUUUACCA